AUGAAUUCGAUUCUACAAGCACUGGCAGCCGUUGAUCCCUACAAAUUGGAACGAGAGUCAGACGUGUCUGUCGGAACGCAGCUGGGAAUCAAUCGAAACCCUACUAAUUCGGACCACUAUGAGCGCUGCAUCUAUAGGGAAGAGGAGUUCGAACUAAAUUUGAUGUGGGAGUUCUUGGAUCUUCUCAAAUUACUUCGCAGUGAGGGUAUACCAGCGGCCGUUCCACCUUUUGCCUUCCAAUUUACCUUCUCAAGACUUUCCGAGAUAUCAGACUACAGGGGAAGGGAGGAGCAAGACACGGCCGAAUACUUCUGCGCUUUCCUCAACUACCUACGAGAACAUGAUUCGAACUAUGGAGAAGUCUUCGAUCGCCUGUUUCGCAUUUAUCCUUCAGAGAUCGUGAAAUGUAGCAAUUCCUCUGAGGUGAAGGAAUUGUCCGACCCAAGCUGGUAUAUCUCACUGAUACCAUUGCCACGCCUGCAAACAACUACUGUGGCGCAAGCGAUGAGUGGAUCCGCCCAGGUGGAGGCGAUAUCAGUGGACAGACUGUUUGCAUACAAUGCGAGGUAUUAUGAUGGAUGUCCGUACGGCUUCGAUGAAUGUGAACACGAAAAGAGGCUCUGGCUCCUCAAACCACUUCCAGACUUUCUCAUGCUUAAGUUCGUGCGCCACGAGGUCAGCGAAGGAAAUACCGAUUGGAAUUCGAGCAACAAACUCGCGUACAAGGUGGUGUUCGACAAGAAAGCCUUUACAUUAGACCUAUCAGAGUACGUAGAAGCUGACGGUAGCGAGCAGAAUCAACUCAUGUACAAGCUGCGCGCAGUCAUCUAUCACUCUGGCUCUACUUUUGCUACCGGACACUACUUUGUGGUGUCAAGGACCGACGAAGAUGGCUCCAACGACUGGUGGCAAUGCAACGAUGGUGAUGUCAGUAACAAUCCGACUGGUCCUUAUCCUGUGGGAGACCUCGCAAAUUCCCAGGCUUAUAUGGCUUUGUACGAGAAGGUACAACCCGAUCAUUCCACGGUAUUACAGAAGCAAGAGACAGAGUACGAGAAGGAGCAAGACAAGAAGACGGAGCAGGAGCAGGAGCUGGGGUCGGAUCCAGAUAAGGAGCAGCAUGUAAGAAAGGUCCAUCCGAAGGAGGUGUGUGGCCAAGAGCAUGAUGGGUUUCCAUCGAAGGAUGAUGGUGAGAUAUUGCCAUGA